AUCGACGAGAAAAUCGGGAAUUUCCGCAGACUAUUUUGAGAUUCAGAAUCAAAACAUCCGGUAGAAGUAGGAAUCUGAACUUUCGCUUCGGAAGAUGCCCAACGACCGUUAGGCCGGCGUUUGUUUGGAUCUGGUUUAUUCUUGGACUUAGUUUUUGUUGCACCAGCUGGUAGAUUCUGGAGAUUAAUUGAAAUGAAUUUUUUACAUCGAGUUCUUUUGAAGGCGCCUUCAGCCUCCUGUUCACAUAAACUGCUGCUAAGAACUAGCGCGAGAGCCAGUUCUAAGUCAAGCCAAAAUGACCCCCCGCCUGCUCGAGAAAGUCAAAGUGAUUCGGCGUCAAGUUCCACAAGUUCCAGUAAUAUUGAUGCUUUUAGCAUCAUGCGUGGGAAAUUCUCACCGGAUUUUGCGAAGAAGGCUAUGCUGAAAAAGGAAUCACUGACUUCCAUUCUGAGACCUAAGACUAGCAAGAUCGAAUUGACUCCUGACUCUGGUGAAGAAAAAACAAAGCCAAAGAGAUUCCUGGUGGGCCGUGACUUUCUCAGCCUGAAGCAUUUCGGAAAAGAUGAGAUUCAUCAGUUUUUGUGGACAGCAAAGGAUCUGAAAACCAGAAUAAAAGAUAAUGGAGAGGUGCUUCAGCCACUAACUGGCAAAACUGCAGCGCUAGUUUUUGAAAAGGAUGAUACAGCUUCUCGGCUUAAUGCUGAGCUAGGUCUGGCGAGACUUGGUGGCCAGGCGGCUUACUUCAACGCCAGUGACCUUCACCUUGAUGGGAAGGAAAACUGGAAAGAUUCUGCAAGGUUGCUGGCCGGGGCUGCUGAUCUCAUCAUCGUCGGUGCGGGAAAACAGGAAGUUCUGGAAGAAGUUGCCAAUGAGUCAACGGUGCCUGUGGUCACUGGAAUGUCUGACCUGCUUCAGCCUCUGCAGGUCUUGGCCUAUUUUGUCACGCUGCAGGAAUACUUUGGCUAUUUGCGAGGCCUCAAGAUUGCCUGGAUCGGAGACGGAAACAGCGUCCUCAACUCUCUGUUGUACGGCUGUGCUAGGUUAGGCAUUGACCUCAAUACAGCCACACCAGUGGGCUAUGAGCCAGACACAGAUGUUAUGCUGGACGCUAUGAAGAUCUCAGGGCAGACUGGGGCGUCUUUCCUCAUCGGUAAUGAUCCGUUGCAAGCUGUGUACCGGGCUGAUGCCAUCAUCGCAGACUCGUGGACAAAACCAGGAGCAGACGAUGAAAACAUCAAGAAAAGAAUUAAAGAUUUUGCUGGAUUUGGAGUGAAUAGAAAGAUGAUGAAGGAAGCGGGUGGAGAGUGGGUGUUCCUGCACAGUCUGCCACGCCGGCCCCACGAAGUCACGGACGACAUUUACUACGGCCAGGAGUCAUUGGUUUGGAGGGCCGCCGAGAACAGGCUGUGGAUCACAAUGGCUGUGAUGUUGCACCUCUUCCAGCCCUACAGCCCCACCACGCCAAAGCCAAAGUAUGUGAGGGGAUAACAUCUCUCUCUCUCUUAUCUUAUGUUUCAUUUAGAGAAAAAAUUGGUUGUCUUUACAUACAAUAUUAUGAUAUGAAUGAUUUUGCUGAUGUUUAAAUAUUUUCUUAGAGAUCUGAGUCAUAAAUCGGUUAACCUACCUCCUUUCCUUUUUUUUUCCUAUAAGGAGUUAUACUGAUUGUUUUUUAUAAGGAAUUAUACUGAUUGUUAGACUUUAGAAAAUAUAUUCUUCAAAGCAUGACUGAAAUUUAACAUUAGUCUUUCCAAUAUUUAGAGUAGGCUUUUGUACAGUUUUAUUUUGAAUUUACUUUUCAUCAGCCAAGAUGUGUUCAUGGGAAUGAGACACAUGGCUUUAUGACAGGGGAGAAAUUUAAUAAGUGAAGUACUACUCAUUGAUUAUUAGGAAUAUCUUCAAUAUAGGCUUUAUUGUAUUGUACAGUUACCAUCUUGUGUAAGUGUAAGUGUGUAAAUAAUGUACAGCUGGAAAAACUAGAAAUGUGUGUCCCUGUAAACUGGGGUGUGCUCAGACUGCUGGAGAAUCAUGGCACAGUGAGAUAGUACGAAUGACUUGAAUGUUUUUGUGGCUUAUGAGUACUUUCUGCUAAUAUAUGCAAUGAAAUAGGGCACGAUCAGUUAUGGGGCAGUUUUAUUAUUUUUAUGCUGUUGAAUUGAUGUAGGCUUAUUAAAAAAAGGCCUUUGAUAUCCUGCUCCCAUUGAGAAAAAAAAAGAGGUCAAAAGAGGAAGUGAUAGACCAAGAAUAACUUACGUAGAGAACUUGAACAGAAUGGUGGUCAGAAAAGAUGACAAUAGCUUUUUUAAAGAGGAUUUGAGUGGGGAAAUGAGGAGCAAACCACGAUCUCUGAUGAGUAUUUCAAGUCUGUCACUUGAAGGAGAAGAAGAAGACAGUAUAUGAAAAAUCUCUUUGAUGAGUUUGAAUUGAUUCCUUAAGGUAUGUAUAGCAGAAAGGACAAGUAAAUUAACUGGCUAUAAAUUAAAAACCUAUUGCCAUUACAUCUUAAACGAACUUAAAAAUAUAGUCAGCACUGACCCAAGUGUGUGCAUAGUGUGACAGUGUGUAUUUUCACCCGCAAGUGUUCUUUUCUUUAGUCUUCGGUUUGUCCUAAGCUUUUCUCUUACAAAAUCCAAGCCUACAACAUUUUUAUCCUUAGAUAACAAAUAUUUAUAUUCCAUAUUAGUAAUGAUUUGGGCUAUCAACAUCGGGUUUUAACAAAAUCGUUGAAGAAGAAACGUUAGUAGGAUCAAUGUCAUGGGGAUAAUUUUAGAUUCUGUGUUCGGAGAUUUUUCUACCCAAGCUGACUCAACAGGUUUUGGGAUUUUGACCACUUUUUUUUUCAAAAGUCUUUACUUCAUAAAUACACCUCAUAAUGUAGCUUUUGAAUUUGAAUAUAUAGGAAUAUACCAGUCUCAUCCCUGAUUCAAUGCAUGCGGAGCUGUCCGUGUUAUUAAAGUUGAAUAUGAUCUUGCUGUCCAUUUUUUUUACCAGCCUGAGCGUGUGGCUUACUGUAAAAACCUACUGUGAUACUAAUAGUAAUAAUAGAGAAAUGUUUCUUCUUUGCUCCAUGUUGGUUGUUGAUCUUUUACAAAAAUUAUUAAAGAAAUGUGAAAUUUUGA